UUUGAUUAGAUGAUUAUAUCCUUCCACGUUUUUCUCCACCAUCUCCACCGUACGUCUGUUCAAUGCCUGCUGUAGAUCGAACCAAAUGGUGUGACACCGAUAACGGAGCACUAAUGAGUGUCGACGAGUGUGCCACAGCCAGUGUCAGUGAUAAUUUGGCACCCGGAACCGAUACUUCGGGUAUGGUAAAGUUCGCCGGAAAAACGGUACAGUGACAGUGCUGAAAAUCUUUCAACAUAAUUAAGUGCAUUUAGUACAGAAUGAAGGGUAGAGUGAAAAUUACCAACUCCAAUCGAUCAUACAGUCGGGCGAGCAAAAGCAGCUGCCCACCAACGCUCGAUUGGAACCGGAACCGAAAUGGUUGUCUAGCGGUGUUGUUUUGUGUGAUCUGCUUUUCCAUUCUGAUGUGUCUCGUGCUGGCUGACAUUUUUACCAAGGCGGAUGAAAAAGAUACCACAACAACCACAACGCCAAGGCCUGGAAAAGUGUAUCCACUUUUGGUAGUGAAUGCCAUUGAAGAUGCUGCAAAGUGUAAAAUUAUAUCUCAAUGUUUUAUUGAGUGUUCCGAUGUAAACGUGAUAAAUAUAUCGUUGGAAGUGCAGGAACUGGCAAAGUCGAACUCGUGUUCUUCCUUUGGUCUGAAUGUGCUAGCACUGACGACCUCCGAUGAUGUCUUGAGAAGAAACUGGCUACAGCUGGAUGUAGAUCUUGAGGUUGUUUCAUUGCUGUUGAUUAACUCCAACAUUGCCAUUAUAGAGCCGGAAUCGUUCGAUGUCGGUCCAAUGUUUGGCAUGACGGUGCUCACACUACAAUCGCUCAAGCUGGAUCAUCUUCCGACCGGGAUUUUUCUAGGUCUUCAAAGCUUGAAGGAACUAAACCUGCUCAAUCUACCACUGCGCCGAAUCGAUCCGUACGUACUGAGCCCAAUGAAGUACUCGCUGACGCGCCUCAUCAUCGAAAGCAGCCUGGAUUCGAUCGGCCCCAAAAAUCUGACCGGAUCUGCAACGCUCCCACGUCUGGAAAUACUUUCAUUGGAGUAUAACUUUUUCGAUGAUACGCUCCAGCAGGGUACUUUCGCUAAUCUGCCUUCGUUGACGAGCCUGUACCUGCGCAGUUCACACAUUACGUGGCUCGAGGUAGGAGUAUUUCACGACAUCUGUAGCACAGUAAAGCAGAUCCAUCUGAUUGGCAAUAAGCUUACCGUUAUCGAUCCGGGAACGUUUGAUUGUUUGGUCGGUUCCGAGGCAAAGAUAUAUCUGAAAGAUAAUCCCUGGGUUUGUGACUGUUCGCAACAGUACCUGCAGGAAUUGCUGCUAACCACUAAUCUAGUGCUGGAUCAACCGGUUUGUGAUAGUCCGGUAGAACUGAAGGGUAUGCUGGUUCGAAAUGUGGCUCUUUGUCCAACGCCAACUGCAUCUAUUGUGCCAUCUGGCGAAUUAACGACAACCUUGGAGCCUUCGAGCACAUCGGAUCCAGCAGAACCAUCACACACAACGAUGGAAACAACCGAUACCAGCACGAUAACAACAACUACACAGUCCACCUCGCUGGAGGAUACAACGGAAAUAGGAACAAAUGGUACAGAUGAUGUAACUUCAUCGUACUCUGACACUACAACGGAAGAAGAAACUUCCGAAGAUGACUCGACAACGACGACAACAGACACAACUUACUAUACGUGGGAAACUUCAUCUGUAUCGUUUACAACUACGGACUCCACGACCGACACUAGUGUCGAAACUACAACAGAAUUUACUACCACAGACUUUACCACUCCGGAGACAACUUCCACUGGCUAUACUACUGAUACUACGACUACGAUAACUGAUCCAACAACUACUCCAACUUCCACGGAUACUACAACAGAGUCAACAACGAUGAGUACCACCACCGAAAGUACUACAUCGGAAAGCACUUGGAGCAGCACCGAGUCUACUGCUGAUCAAACUACAUCGACCACCACCCUAUCCGACACUACCAGCGGCUCAUCAACUACCGUAAACAUACCAACAGUUCAUCCGAAUUCCGUACAACUCCAGUGUGAGAGCACUGCCAAUCCAAUAUCUGCGGACAUCGUCGUCGAAAAGGCAAAGCAUCGCACGGUGAGAUCCCCCGAUGCUGGCACGAUUGGUCUAACCGUAGCCUCGCGUACGAAGCUGUUCACCGUCUCUGAAGCACAGGAAGGUGUCGUGGAACUGCUGUUCGAUAAAACAACGUACGGUGCGGUACUUUGGUUUCACGAUACCUCCACGCUAGCGUCCGUGUUUUCCAGCAAUGUUGAAAGCAGUGCCCACUGUCAAACGCUCAGCAGUCAGAAGCUUCGCAUCGUCAACCUGGUACCGGACAAGAACUACAUUUUCUGUGCGUUCAGCUUACACGAGGUGAUGGUAUCACCGUUUAACUGUUUGCCUUAUCGCUUACUCCCACUGUACGGUCAGCGUGCAUGGCUGGUAGAGGAUCAGAAGAUCAUGAUGAUAAGCAUCAUUAUCUCGUCAAUUUUGGUAGCUCUGCUAACGGGUGUGCUGGUGACGUACUGUUUCUUCAAAAGUAUGUCCCUGUAUCAAUCGAACCAUUCCAAAACGUCGGUACUGCCGGUGGAGAACAAUACCGUGAAGAACACGUACAUGUCCCCGAUGCCCCCGAAAAAGCCACUCACACCAGAAAGACCAAACAUCAAGCGAAGCGUGUCGGAUACCAGCAUCGAGAGUGGUCGCAGCUACGUAUCUGCCGUGGUACCAACGAACCAGUUUCAGUACAUAUCCUGGAAAAUGGAGAACCGGUCGCGACCAUCCUUGGAAUUCUAUCCGAACGAGCCACCACCGCCACCCCUUCCGCCCCAUCCGAGCAAACGUUUGAAGAAGCAAAAGUCCGAAAUCAAAAUAAACUUUCCUUCGCAGCAACAACAGCAGCAGGGUAUCUACGACGAGCCGGCUGGGACGAGCUAUAUGGGACGCACCUCUACUGGUACGCUACAUCAGUCACUCCGCAGCAAUCGACACCGGGCGUCGUAUGGAGGAGUGAUCCACUGAGGGUGAACCAUCAUACCUGCUACCACCUUUCUCAAAGAAUUGUCUGCACAUGUGUUUGUGUGACUUUAUGUACUGUAUGUCGCACCAUGAAUAAAUGAUUAGACUACGACAGACAGCUAGUCUGGGUCGAUAGGGGUCGGUAAAAUAGUUACGAUGCAAUGUUUCCCGCAGGCAGAUUGCCAAAAACUUUACCAAAACUGCAUUAGUUAAGUUAAACGGAGGAUUGGUUAAGGGGAAAGUGAAGGAUGCGAAUGGAUGACGCGUAUUGCUUGCCUCCACUCAUCUACUAGAUCUUGGAGGUUGAUUUCAGGCAUGUCCAAUCGAAUGUUCCCUUCCCGUGUGUGAGAGUGUGCGUCUUCGUUUAGCAGACCAACCACACGUUUAUAGUAGUUUCAAGAGAAACCCCCACUCUUGUUAAAAGAUCAUCACCAUCAUCGGCUAACAUACAGCUUACAACAGGCGUAGCAACAGACUUCAACUGAGAAGAAUGUUUUCCCGCUUACCUUGGGUCCUUGGGAAAACGGUGGCCCACUCACCCAGGGCCAGUUUUCGGUUUGGCAUCACGUUUUUAACCGGUUAUAAUGCUUUCUACCGCAUCUAUACAAAACCCGGCGGGUCAAACAAAAGGUUUCGGUUGAGUUCGACGGUGAUGGGAAUGCUCCUCGGUUUCGCAUAUUUAUAGACCCAGCGCGGCCGGUCUACAGGUCGGGCAGUUUACCGGAUAGAAUGUAUGUCUGUUCGCGUUUUGUCAGACGAGAGGAAGAAGCGUUUUUUUCUACGCUUUUGUGCAGCAAACGAUGACAGAUAGACGCGUUGGCGUUAGUCAAGGAUUGGCCGGAACGAAUCGUUUACAAACAAAAAAUGAGAAAGAAUUCGUUCUUGAAAAAUCGUGUCUAUAACAUAGCUGUUGACUGAUGCUUUGCUGGUGGGACAAUUGUAUGUGUGUGUGUGAUUUUUUUUUUCAUUUGUUCAGCAAAAAAUAAAUUACGCUCGUUAGCUCAAGAAUGUUUAUGAAUGACGAUUGUAAUUGAAAAAGCAUUUAUUGAGCAAAAAAUAAAAUAUUUAUAAAAAAAGAAGAAUGUUUUUUGGGGCAAAUAAUCGGUGUAAUAAAUGGAACAAUACAAAUUUUAUGAAAUUAGAAAUGGAAUGGUAAAAAGGAAAAUAUUCUAAAUAAAGCAAAGAAAAAAACCUUUAUAAAUGCUUAUUCAAUCAUUUAUAUUUCCCGGUACCGCACAGAAACAAUGCACACACGUAAGGCCCAAAUCAAAUCAACGCACCACCCUCUGGUGCAAGCCCAAAAAUGCAACAAGUGAUGCAUUUUAAUUGGCCGGAUAUGAAGUGGAAUUUGGCGUACGCAGUUUCCACGCACACGAACAGACACACUUCCGAUCACUAGUUGGCAGGGAAACCAAUUAAGCGAACACACAUUCCACCGUCAUGCACAGGCACGUACGCAUGAAAUUCAUUAUGCAAAAGCGGCUGAGCAUAAUAGUGCGAAUCAUAAUUUCAUCAACAACAUCAACAAUUAACCGUUUGGGAGCUAUAAAUGGGUUAAGCAUUGAAUU